GUGUGUGUGUGUGUGUGUGUGUGUGUGUGUUCAUGAGGAGGGCCUUGGUUCUCAGGGCCCAGGGAUCUGGAUGGAAUUAGGGGCUGGCCGGGAGUGGGGGCCAGGAUAGGAGUGGGGGGGCUGCUGCAGGAAAUGUGAGCUGCACUCAUUAGCUCCUCACGUGCUCAGCCGGAUUUAUAAACACACGGAGAAGACGGGAUGUAAACAAUCAGUGGGCAGCAGCCAGAGGCAGAGCUGGGGCGGGGGCUGGGCUGGGGGCCAGGACUGCUGGGGAAGGAGAGAGGGGGACCCGGGACACAGCCCCGAUGGCCGGGGUCCACCUGCACACCAUGACCCUGAGGGAGGAUGGAUGAAGGCUCCAGGAAGCCCACCACGCACUCUCCUCGGAGGCAGGCAAGCUGUGCUGGGUUCCUGGGCUCACGACUAACCGCAGGUGUUCACCCCAGGCCACUUUCCCUUCUGCUGCUAGACAUGGGCUUGCCCAGAGUGGAAGCUGUCAUAGCAGGGGCAGAGUCUGUCCUCCUACCCCCCUUUCUCCUCUCCUAACCUUUUCUCCCUCUGGAUUCCUGAGAGCCCUUCCCUUUUUCUGGUUCCCUCUGUGGGUCGUCGGAGCCUUCUGUUCUCCCCUGCCCCCCACCCCCAGCCUGCAGCGACAGUUACCUCAGAACUGAAAUAUUCCUGGAAACACCGGCCUCGUCUGGUUAAUUUCAUGAGCUGUUUUUUCUGCCGAGAUGACUUAGUUCUUGUCUAUCCAAAGGCUUCCCCCCCCUGCUGUUUCUGUGUAGGGAGCUGAGCUCCCCUAGGGAUGUCCCACAGGGCUCAGAAUGGGAGAGGCAAUAAGUCCCAAGCUGGGUUCCUGAGCACACCUCAUGGCCAUGACAUAGGCAGAGCCUAGAACUCUGGCCGGCACGUGGGUAAAGAGGGAAGCCCAGCUCCCAGCUCCUGCUUCAGCUGGGACCCUGAGCCUUGCCGCUAACUCUGAGUGAGGCCAGACUCGAUUCUGAAAGUGACCUCAAGGCUGGGAGGGCCUCUGCCCAGUGUAGCAGGUCUCCAGUCUCCAAAACAAAUCCUACCCUGUACUCACAGGAUCCUAGAGUGACUGCCAGAUCCCCAGGCUUGGGGUUGUGUUGGGAUGUGAGGAACAAGGAAGAGAAAGGAACUGAGUCAAGCAAGAGCUGGGGAUGGUAAGGAAGAGUGAGGAAAGCAGCGUCCAGGAGGAAGCCACAGACUCAGAGGGGAAGGAAAGAGGAAGCCAGUCUCCCCAGGGAGCAGUUGAGGGCCUGACUCUACUCUCUGUCCUAAAACACACAGGUGUACACACACUCCCCUCAAAUCAAGACCCUGUGACUGGUGGUACCCCACCUCUAUGCUCCCUCAGUAAAGCCAGCCAGUCACACAGCCGAAAGAGUUUGGACUGACCAGGUGGGCCACUGCAGAAGACCCCACUGACCCCUGGCCUCCAUAAGCGACGUUUUAGACAAAAGGGAUCUUGCAGUCUUCCUAGUUUAUAGCCCCCCUCUCUAAAACUCUGACUCAGCACUGUGAUUAAACCUAACCUUGUCUUCAUUCUUCAGUCCAAACCCCAUCCUAACCAUGGGCAAAGUGCUAUACCUAUCUAAUUUAUUUCUAGCUAUCAAAGCAACCUAUGUUGCUAUACAAAAAUCUGACAGUGUAAAAUAUGAACUACAGGGGCGGUGGGAAGGUGGUAGCGAAAAAAAGAAAAAGGAAAAAAAAGAACUAUAGAAAGGAAACCACUCAUGACCUCAUACCUAUUCAAGCUGAAAACCCAAACUAGCCCUGCUCUUCAUGACAUGACGAGCAGCGCCCUGUCUGACAUCGAAACUGACCAAGUCACAGACCUCCAGCUCACCCUCUGCCUGCCCGGACCUCACCACUUCCCCUGCUGGACUCAAACCUCAACCGCACUAAAUCAACCAAAUUCCAAGUCUAAACUAAUUGGAAACUUUUAAAGUAACCCAGUCCUUAAACCUAAGCUAGGCCAAUGCCGAUUAUAUCUACCCUAGCCAAACCUGAACUGCCUUUGCCAGUCCAAAGUAUCCACUGAGUCCUCACCUUGGUCUUCACCUAAAAUCCCAGAAAAGCAUAUUUCCCAACUGCCCAUGUCCCUCCUUACAGCAGCUAACCCUGGCCUCUGGACUCCUGGUAUCCUGGGAUGUGCAAACCUUGCAGUGCCAUCAGCCAAGAAGCCCAGCUCAUCAAAUGCACAUCUCUCCUGUUCCCACCCUCGCAGACUGAUGGAAAGGCCUCACUGAAGUCCAACUUUUCCCCACCUAACACCAAGAAUGGGGUGGCCCUCCACACUGCCACCAUCCCCUGAGAGCGAACACUAAACCUCCUUUAAUCUAACCCCACCCUAAACUUUCCACACCCAGGAAUAUGCCCAGCAUAUACCCAAAACUAGCUCCAUGAGGCAGCCUGACUCUGGUGGUCUAACUCUGUACCUUGCCUCUUAUGGCCGACUGUUCUUGGCGGCUGCCUCUCUCCUGCCUCCUCCCUCAGGGCUGACUGUGCUCAGCCUGCCAGCUCUGACUGUGCUGUCUCCCACUCUUUGACUCCCCUCAAGCUGCAGAGGGACUGGGAGAUUGGCAGAAGUAGGGCACAACUAGAACACAGGCAGGUCGACCAGUCCAUAGGCCUGGCCCCGUCCCUCCAUGUACACACACAUACAUGUUGGCACACACACAGUGACACGCAUGCCAAAGACUCUCUCAGCUGACACACAGAUAUACUCUCUACUGAUAGACACUCAUGCGUGCCAAGUCUUCAUCCUCAACCACACACAUGCCUGCUUUCUCUCUCUCCCCUCUCGCCAGGAGUGUUUCCCCUCCUCCAUCCCCUCUGCCUCCCAUCUGGUGUCCCACCCUCACCCCAAUCCCAGCCCAAGGAGGGGACAGACACCUGAGGGGCUGCCAGCUGCUUCCCUGCAUGGUCCCAGGCUGAACUCAUGCUUCCCGUCCAUCCUGCCCACAGGGGACUCGUGGGGGAUGUUAGCGUGCCUGUGCACGGUGCUCUGGCACCUCCCUGCAGUGCCAGCUCUCAAUCGCACAGGAGACCUAGGGCCUGGUCCCUCCAUCCAGAAAACCUAUGACCUCACCCGCUACCUGGAGCACCAACUCCGAAGCUUGGCUGGGACCUAUCUGAACUACCUGGGCCCCCCUUUCAACGAGCCUGACUUCAACCCUCCCCGCCUGGGGGCAGAGACUCUGCCCAGGGCCACUGUUGACUUGGAGGUGUGGCGAAGCCUCAAUGACAAACUUCGGCUGACCCAGAACUAUGAGGCCUACAGCCACCUUCUUUGUUACUUGCGUGGCCUCAACCGUCAGGCCGCCACUGCUGAGCUGCGCCGCAGCCUGGCCCACUUCUGCACCAGCCUCCAGGGCCUGCUGGGUAGCAUUGCGGGCGUCAUGGCAGCUCUGGGCUACCCGCUGCCCCAGCCUCUGCCUGGGACUGAACCCACUUGGACUCCUGGCCCUGCCCACAGUGACUUCCUCCAGAAGAUGGACGACUUCUGGCUGCUGAAGGAGCUGCAGACCUGGCUGUGGCGCUCAGCCAAGGACUUCAACCGGCUCAAGAAGAAGAUGCAGCCUCCAGCAGCUGCAGUCACCGUGCACCUGGGGGCUCACGGCUUCUGACUUCUGACCUUUGCCACCUCCUCUUCGCUCCCCCUUCAAACCCUGCUCCCACUUUGGGAGAGCCAGCCCUGUAUGCCAACACCUGUUGAGCCAGGAGACAGAUGCUGUGAGCCUCUGGCCCUCUCCUGGACCAGCUGGGGGUGUGAUGCCAUCAGCUGUGUCUCCUCCCCACCUCCCAAAGGUCUACUGAGCUGGGGAGGAGGUGCCGUAGGCCCUGUCCUGUCCCGUUUGUACAGGAAGUCAUGCUCAAGGGAGUCUGAAGUUGCUCAAGUUGGUGCAAAGGCUCUCAUGGCCUCCUGCUUCUUGCCCACCACUUGGCCAGUGCCCACCCAGCCCCUCACGGGGGCCGGGGUUGAGGGGCCACCACCACACAUGCCUUUCUGGGGUGAAGCCCUUUGGCUGCCCCACUGUCCUUGGAUGGGUGUUGCUCCCUUACCCCCAAAUCACUCUAUACAUCCAAUUCAGGAAACAAACAUGGUGGUAAUUUACACAAAAAGAGAUAAGAUUAACAAUGCAGGGCUGGGGUCUGCAUUGGAGGUGCCCUAUAAACCAGAAGAGAUAAUACUGAAAGCAGAGGGGCAGGGGCAGACCAGACCAGACCCAGGAGUCUCCAAAGCACAGAGUGGCAAACAAAAGCUGAGCUGAGCAUCAGGACCUUGCCCCGAGUUGUCUUCCAGCACGAUAGUGCCUCCUCUCUGCCCCCUUUCCCAGGAUAUCUGUGGGCUGCCCAGGCUGGGGAGGGUAACCAUAGCCACACCACAGGAUUUCCUGAAAGUUUACAUUGCAGUAGCAUUUUGGGGUGUGGGGUGGCAGCUCUCCCAGGCCUUGCCCCCAGCCCCACCCACUCAUGACUCUAAGUGUGUUGUAUUAAUAUUUAUUUAUUUGGAGAUGUUAUUUAUUAGAUGAUAUUUAUUGCAGAAUUUCUAUUCUUGUAUUAACAAAUAAAAUGCUUGCCCCAGAACUUA